AUGGAUCCAUCAAAGCCCCAGUUCAACCCAUUUUUCAAUUUUUCCCAACCUUCAUCCCAUAAUCCAAAUGAUGAUGCACAAAACAUAAAUCCUCCUACUCCAAUGUAUCCUAAUCCUAACUUUCCUAUGAUGAGCCCUAACAAUUUUCAAAUGCCGAUGUACCAAAAUCCUAACUAUCCACUAAAUUUUCAARUGCCAUUUUACCCAAAUCCUACUACUCCUCCUUCUCAAUUUCCAGAAUUUUCUUCACAACCAAAUCUCGUGCCAGAGCAAGCAAGCGGUUCUAAAAAUGAAAAAAACCGAUGGACAACCAAAGAUGACAUAUUGUUGUGUAGUGCUUGGCUCAACAUAGGCAAAGAUGCAACAGUUGGUACUGGUCAAAGUAGGCUGAAUUUUUGGCARCGUAUACUUGAAUAUUACGAUGUGAAUCGUGACACGAUUUCUCAAACUAGUAGGAAUCGUCAAGCACUUCAAAAUCGUUGGAGUCGAAUAAAUCAUGUCGUUUCAAAGUUUGUUGGUUGUUAUGAACAGAUCCUACACCGACGUGAAAGUGGACUGAAUGAAGAAGACAAAAAAAACAGGGCUUUAGAGUUAUAUAGCUCGUUAGAAGGUGGAAAAUUCAACUUCUUGCAUGCUUGGGUUGAAUUGCGUGAUCAAGAAAAAUGGAUCAGUCAACGAGAAAGACCUCUGGAGGUUGUUGAUCUAGUAGAAGACAGGGGGUCAAARAGGACAAAAAAUGAUGGCUCGGGCCAAUAUACCUCAUCAUCCUCAAAUAUAAACACGUCGACCCCCGAGCUAACGUCGACUGCUCGUCCAAUGGGAAGGAAAGCUUCAAAGGAUAAAGCACGCGGUGGAGAUAGCUUCUACCCAAAAUGGGUUGGAAGACCAGAGGCUGCGAGCAUUGUUCGUGCAACUUCAACUAAGGUUAUGUUCUUCCUUUCUACAACAUCAUUAUGUUAUGGUGUUCUUGCAGCCGAGAAGUUCUGGGAUAUUCCCUCUUUGGCAAG